UCAAACCAAACACAGUGAAUAGUAUUGCAAAUACUUUUCUAUUUCCAAGAUGGGUCUAUAAAAAAUGUUCUUAUUUGGGACUACUUCCGUAAAUACAUAAAAUAUCAAGGGCAUUAUGGUAUAUAAAAUUGAUAGAAUCAGAGUGGGUCAUUCCAGGCCGUGAAAGAAACAGAGACACUCUCCGGACGCAAUCCAGGAGUUUAUUUGUUAUCUACUCUCUCUCUCUCUCUAUCUCCCUUGAUAUUAUUUCUUGUGUCUAAUUGUUCGUCAAUUAGGGUUUAGCAAAUUAUUCGCAACAAAUUGAAGAAGAAGAAGAAGAAAAAGCAAUGGGUCCUGAUUCGAUCUUGAACGCUUCUCUUCCUGCUCUCUCAAAGGACCUGGGGAAGAAAAAGAGGACGAACAGAUUGGCGAAAUUGAAACAGAGCAAGCUUGAUGUUCGUCGUGAGCAAUGCCUUUCUCAGGGUGCAGUCAAGAAUGAGGCAUGUAAAGCGGAUUCAAAUGAUAGGGGCAGAUCUCCUCCCGCAUCAUUGCAGAUGGCUUAUGAGGGGAACAGAUCAAAAGAGAAUAUUAAAUUGAGGUCUAGAGAGGUGGAUGCUGAAGGGUCAAGUUUUCAUGAAAGUGAUAUGGACUCCCUGAUGAGCUCCUCUGUUAGCAGCAGUUUGGGUCAACACGAUUCAAUGAAGGAUCUUCCUGGGACCAGUUGCAGCAGUGCCAGCAGCAUGUGCUUCUCCAGAAGUGUCAGUGAAGCAGAUGAAGAUGAUGGUUGCUUGGACGAUUGGGAGGCUGCUGCAGAUGCUUUAUCAGCCGAUGAAAAUCAAAAUUUAGAUUUACAAGCAGGAUUAAAAACCAAGAUUGUACUUGCUGAUCAUGAAUUACCUAAGAAGAAUUGUGGAGUCAAUGUCAUAAAAAUAGAGAGCAAGGUAAUGGUCCCCAGGUCUCAUUCGAAUGACUUGAAUUGUCGAGCAUGGUGCCCUGAUGAUGCUCUCCGUCCUCGGGGUCUGCCCAACCUGUCAAAGAAGCAUACUUUAACCAUGAAUUCAGAGUGGCUUUGUGGCCAUGGAACCAUUGCUCGUGGGUGGCAAAGUGUCCUGUCUCAACCUUCUCCGUGCCCUAUAUGCUAUGAGGAUUUGGAUGUUACUGACUCUAGUUUUCUUCCAUGUUCUUGCGGAUUCCGGCUUUGUCUUUUCUGCCACAAAAGGAUUCUUGAGGCAGAUGGUCGAUGUCCAGGCUGCAGGAAGCAUUAUGAACAAAUGGCAGCGGAUGUAGGCUUUAAUGGAGGUGUCACAUCUUUUUGUACAGGUCAGCCUUUUAGUAUGAGUACAAAGUCUUAGAAACAUAAUUUUUUUUGGUUUAUAGAAAUAUCAUGUAAACGGAGUCUCUCAUCUAUGGCUUAUGUGUCAUCUGUGUUUUUGUUCCUUUUUAGGGAUCCGAUAAUCGUUGUGGAAGAUGUGAUUGUAGUGAAGGAGUCUGAAGCAUUUUUUGGAAACAGAUUCAGACUUUUAAUGAAAUCAAUUAUUUCUUA